ACACUUGUGUGCUGAUUUUUUUUUUCUUCUUCUUUGAAGUAGUCUACGGUCAAAUCCGUACUGCUUACUUUGGUCGAAUGGGAUCGUUUAAAAUUCAGACAGCAGGAUCUAACUGUACCGGACAGAGACAUGUGGAAUAGGGUCUCUCAUGAACUUUUAGGUCUUCGUGUGUAUUGCAGGAGCAGGACCAGACUAUAGGUGUGGAUUUUGGAAUCUCGACCAUGGGCUCUCUGAAAGCUUUGCAGGACUGGUGCAGGAACCAGUGUGAAAGUUACAGUAAUGUGGACAUUACAAACAUGACUUCAUCCUUCAGAAAUGGACUGGCCUUCUGUGCCAUCAUCCACAGACACAGACCUGAUCUCAUAGAUUUUGAUUCCCUCUCAAAAGAAAAUGUCUUUGAGAACAACCGUCUGGCGUUUGAGGUUGCUGAGAGUGAGCUGGGUAUUCCAGCCCUGCUGGAUCCAGAAGACAUGGUUUCCAUGAGCGUGCCUGACAGAUUGAGCAUCAUCACCUAUGUAUCUCAGUAUUAUAACUACUUCACCAACAAAUCUCAUACUAUCUCCACAAAAAUGAAGAGCCCUGGUGUUCCCGGUCACAUCAAACCAGCCAUAAAGAGACCAUUUGCUCCUCCAGAGGGCUUUGACGCUCAAACUGAGUCUGGUGCAGAUAGCCAACCAAAACGCAGUACUCUGAGCAGCACCUGUUCAGUCUGUGGAAAGCAUGUUCACCUGGUCCAGAGGAUCCUCGUUGAUGGCAAACUUUAUCAUCGGAACUGCUUCAGAUGUAGGGAAUGCAGCAGAACUUUACUUCCUGGGUCUUACAAGUUUACGGAGGAUCCAGGAUCAUUAGUUUGCACACACCACUUCACCAGAUCUGCCUCCACCAAUCAGAAUGGUCAUUCAGAUAUGAGUAAUCAACUAAACAGAUUAACCUCAACAAGCCAAGAAGACCCAAACAAUAGGAGUUUAGAAUCUAAAGCAUCACACAAUGCUGAGAUCACCCCGGAGAGAGAGGAAAUUACAGAAAUAGAAACAGCAUCAAGUAAGCAACCAGAGAGCAGAUCAGAAGUUGAGACCGAGCACGGAGCACCUUGUUCUUCUAGUCGACCAAACCCUUUUGAUGACUCUGAAGAGGAGGAUCAGGACACACAACAAGAAGACCACAAGCCAGCCGCUGAUGUAGCCAGUGGCGAUAAGCCAGCAGCUUUGGAGAAGAGUACUGCAGCAGAAGGUAGACCGGUUCCAGCACCUAGACGGGUAUCAGAGCCCACCCUUGCUCCUCGGCCUGUACCCAGGCCACGCCCACACAGACCCUCUGAAAGACCCAUUGUCAAUGGAGAUCCUGACACUCAAAUUUCUCAAACUCCUGUGCCAAGAGAAAGACUGCACUCACCUGCUCGAUCUAGCAAGGCUAAUGACACUCCUAAACCAAAAGAACCACCCUGGAUGGCUCUUGUCCAAUCAGAAACGAAGAAGAAACCAGCACCUCGCCCACCCACAGGAAUGGCUAUACCUCCCUGCACUGGUUCAUCUCCUUCUCAAAAGGAGGAGGAAUCAAGACCAUCGUCUCCUCCAAAUCCCUUUGAUAAUGAUGAGGAAGAAGUGCCAGAAACAUGUCCGGAAGAUCCCCCUGGUCCUGUGGUGGCUGGUCAUCCUUGGUAUGGGAUCACUCAGGCUGCUGAAAUCACAGCUGGGGACACAAGAAGACAAAGUCCUGCCCCUUCUGAAAGUCCCAUAAGUGUCCGAAGGAAGAAGCGACCAGCACCAAAAGCUCCGAAUUCUUCUACAUCAGCUUUUCUUUCAUCUCAGACUUCCUCUCCUGCUUCUUCUAUAGCUCUGAGCACAGAGAGCCUAUCCUCCUCUUCCUCAGACCACAGUGCAGUCCCCCAGCAACCUGCUGCUAAUGAACAGGACCAUUUGUUUACCAAGAGUGUAUCUGAACCAUCAAUCAACGCUCCUGCUUCUGCCCUGUCCCAAAAAACUAAGCUUCAACCUCACUGUUCUCCAAACCUGCCUCCUCCACCACCACCUACCAACACCAGCUCAGCGCCAGCUACUCCACAAACCAAUCGCAGUGUGAGACCACCACCGCCCCCCUAUUCACAGACACCCGGCACUCCAGGAAAGCGCACUUGUAAAGAGAAUCCAUUUAAUCGGAAGACAACCACCACUGUAAGCUCUUCUGUGUCCAGACCCCCAAAAGGGCCCCGUCCUGCACGACCUCCUGCUCCUGGACAUGGAUUUCCUCUCAUUAAACGCAAAGUACAGUCAGACCAGUAUAUCCCAGUUGAAGACAUCCAUGUAGAGAUGAGUGACCUGGAGAAACGGUUGGAUGAAUUAGAGCAGAGAGGGGUGGAUCUAGAGAAGAGCUUACGAGAAUGUUCAAAUGACAAUGAAGAGGAACAUCUACUUGUUGACUGGUUCACUCUGAUUCACGAAAAGCAUUUACUUGUACGCAGAGAGGCUGAACUGGUCUAUACAGCCAAGCAGCAGAACCUGGAGGAGAGGCAGGCCGAUGUGGAGUAUGAGCUUAGAUGUUUACUUAACAAGCCAGAGAAAGAAUGGACAUCUGAAGACAAAGACAGAGAAAAGCAAUUGAUGGCAGAAAUUGUCACUAUAAUUGAGCAGAGGAACCAGAUUGUUAACAGCAUAGAUCUGGACAGACAGAGGGAGGAGGAGGAGGACAAACAAGUAGCUACUAUGCUAAAGAAAAAAGAGUUCCAUGGACCAGCUGAGCAGAAGAAGAAAGUAGGGAAGUUUAAGCCCAUGAAGGUUUUGAAGAGACUGAGCACCAAGAAUGAAGGAAUAAAGGACAGCAGUCCCCGAAAAGAGAACAGUUGAAGGGUUAAUUUAGUGAAGGAAAGAAAAAAGAAAAGAAAAGGAUGUACUACAUGUCUAAUUAACACUUUUGAAUAUAUUGCUAUAAAACAGAGCCAGUUAUGUUAAAUUUGCCUUUAAGGUAGUAGCAGCUGAACUGAUAUACUGCACUACUGCAGUUUAUAAAAUUUAAAAAAAAAAUUGACACUGUCUUAGUCAGAUGCAACAACAUUUUUGACUUUAAUCUUGAAAGGCUCAACCGAUACAUAAUCUUAAUUUAAUCUUGAGAUAUUGAAGUAAAAGAAAACGAAACUGAUACUGAAUGUGGUUGACAUUACAUCAAGAGUCCUAAAUUACCCUUGACAAAGUUUAUCACAUACCUUCUUUUAAACUCAUCGUUACAGUCAUAGGAAGCUAAACAGGAAGCCCAUUAGAUGGUAUUUUAAUCUUGUUCUCUGAGUUUAUAUUUAUUUAUAAAUGGCAUGGAACUACUGCUACUUGUUUCAGUCCAUAUUGAAGAGAAAAAGAAUUUGUAGUGAAACUCUUCACGCCUCAUCCAGCCCUUUCAUCUGAUUAAUUAUGGAUUGUUGUUGAGAUGAAUGCAGAAAUGAAUUACCAGACUUGCAGUUUAAAAAUAUUGUUGAGAGGGAGUGAAGCAUUUCUAUCUCAUUAAUGCUUUUGUGAUUUUAUGAGUAACAGGGAUUUGUUGAUUUUUGUCUGCCUGGGUUUGGUUGCACCAGCUGUAUUUAAUAAAAAAAAAAAAGCCUAGUUUUAAAUGGAUAUUAAGUUACAAUUUACGCAGUAUUAAAUAUUUGAGAGUUGCACAGUUAAACUUAGUUCAAACAUAACUCUUCAUAUAAAUAUAUACUAAAAAGCCUCUGAUCAUGAGUACCAACUGGAACAUAGCAAAUUUUUAAACUGCAUCAAUAAGCUCAUGUUUUACCUGACAGAAUACAGUGCUUUAGACAAGUUUGUUUGUGUUGACAUUCACACUCGUUUACAUUUUAAAAAGGAGAAUGUAAUGUGAAUAACUGACUUGCAGCUCUCCAGCAUGAAACCAGAUCUAAACAGAGCACCUCUGUGUGCAUUGUUCUGUGCCAAAAAAAAAAAAAAAAAACUAAUCUAAAUGUCAUUUGUUAGUGUUGCACCAGUAUUUAUUUAUUGCUCAUUUUAUUUACGUUAUUUAUAAUGUUAUUUACAGAGUAGUGUUAGAAACCUAAAUUUAGCACUAGUUACAUGAGGCAAAAGAGGUUAGAAUCAACUUUAAGAGGUUAAACUGAAAAUCGCACUUUUGGUCAUGAAUUUAAAAGCUGAUGUUGAAUAAUUUUAAGAUAAUUUUCUUAUUAUGCAACAAUGCAUUAUUUAUUCAGAUAGCUUAGGAUUUACUAGUGUGGACCUUAUGUUCCAGUUUAAGCAAGAAUUUAUGAACGGCUGGUGCAACCCUACCCUGGACAACAUUUUAAUACACACAUUAAUUUUAAUAUGAUUAACAUUGAUUAAUACACUGCCUGGCCAAACAAUCACAUACUCUUUCGUUGAACCACCUCUUUGAUUACAGUGUGCAUUUGUCGUGACAUUGUUUCAACCUUAUGCAACAUCCCAACAUUUUUGCUUUCAUUUUUUGGCAGAGAUCAUGUAUUGACAAUAGGAAAGUCAAACCAGUCUGUAAAGUCUCAUUGUGGAAUAUGGCUACUGGAUACAUCAUCUGACAUAUUUAAGAAAUGAAAAGCUACACACUGCAUCAGUUAGGGUUAAAAGAAUUAUUGUCAAAUAUAACAUGCCAGAAACUGUUAAUCCUGCAAUAUCAAUGAUCCAAUCCAACUCUUAAGUAUUUGCUUAUUUAAAUCUAAACCGCUUUAUUUUUGGCCCAGGCAAUGUAUUUAAAUAUAAUUAAUAUUUCAUAGACUAAUUCACAAAAAAAACGAUACGUUUGAAAAUAUUGUUAAAUGAUAUUGUUUAAACCUGUAAUGAGGAAUGUUUUUUUUUUACUUACUGUAUUAGUUUCAUGGCAUACCUUAAUACUAGCAAAAGCUGGUUAUGUUUUGGAAUUCAGUAUGAAUUUUAGGUUAACCUACCUAACAGUGUGAGAAAAUGUAAAUGAACUUGGAGUUUGUUAAAGAGUGACCAGACAGCGGUGCACCCUGAAGAAUCAGUGACAGAUGAACAUUAAAAUAAGAGAUAACAACAAAAAAAUGAGUCUAAACCCCUUUAAUAAAAGAAAAACUUUAAAGCCCCAAGUAUACUUCGUUUUUGUAUGCGUACAGGUGAACACGUAGCCUUUCGAAGUAUACUCUAUUUGAUGAUGUAUGCGAACGAGGGUGGUCAACAUAUGCCCUCUUGAAAGCUUCAUCCAUGUCUAGUGUCUGCUCUAUUUUUCCCUUAUAAGUUAAGGCCUAUAACAAAUAUUUUUGAACUCUUUUAAACCAAAGCUGAGCUAUCUCAUACCCUCUCGCUCACAAAAUCUUGUCGAUGCAGCUGUCAGUCGUUUGCAGUGUCCACUGUUUUGCUGUUGCUGUUCCGUCUCUUAAGUUUCGUUUUCUGCUGUGAAACAACGACCCAGUGUUCUAACGAUUUGUGCUACCCUGUGAGGUUUUGCUACAUCUCAUUGAUACAGUAGAUAACACAAUACGACAACAAAAAAUACUACCCAUCAGAUUAUGCUUUAUUAACGUCUACACCAACCCCGACCCUAAACCUACCCUUACAGUAAUGCAAAUACAGUAAUUGUGUUGUUCAGCGUGAGAAAAUUCACGCAAUGUUGAUGUCCACAUGCGCAGUAAGCCCUGGUAGGAUACCUGACAGUGUUGGCAACUCUGAUUAUUGCAAAAAAUAAUUAAAUGCGCAUGUGCGACCUGCACAUACAAAAUAUGCAAGGUUACAAAAAUUGGGUGGUGCGUGUACUAUUCUGAUUACAAAAUUUGUGUCAGGCACACUACGCUGUCCUUCGCGUAUGCGUAAAAAAGAGAAGUAUACUUUGGGCUUAACUGUAACAACACUUUAAAGACUCUGGCAGGAAGAUUAUGCAAUGUAAAGUUUUAAUUUAAAAAUGGUUUAUUUUCACUGUAGAAUGUCAAAUGUUUUGCGUUGGGCCUUAAUUUCUGUAAACCCAAGCAGGGGUGUAUUUCUAUAGGAGUGCCUUUAAUCUGUUUAAUUUAUGCAUAUGUCCUUGCAUUGGCUGUCAAGUGUCUUUGAAUAUUUUGUUGAAAUUUCAGUUUGUGUGUCUUCUCCAUGUUUUUGGGUGCUUAUUUGUAUCAAUCAGAUUUCAGUAUUGUGCUUGUUUCGUCAGUGUGUGUCUGAUCAACUCCAAGGACUUUUUGUUUUCUCUGAAAUGGUCUGUGCUUUUAGGAUGGAGGAUAUCAGUUAGAAAACCACUUAAUAAAAGAAAACCUUCAGAA